AUGAAGAACAUGAAUCUUUUCAAAGGAAAAUAUAUGUGUUCAAAAAGGGGAAAUUGCUACGUUCUUACCAAGAAAACUUUUCUCGCAAGUGACAAAAUUGCUAUACUCGCUAUAGUAUAUUUUAUUUUUCAAAAAGAAGUAAAUAAAGUAGAUAGUUGUUCUGUUGGAGGUGUUGGCAAAUCUAAUAACAUCUACUCGGUAGUUGAUAACAGCACAUAUGAUAGAAUUAUGCAUAAAGUUAAUAGAAAGAAUAUGGAUUGCUCUUGCUGCAAAAUAACACGCUAUGGGAUUCCUUGCUGCCAUAUACUCUUUAUUUAUGAAUUUGUGGGAGAAGAUUUAUUAGAUCUUAUUAUUUCAACUACAUCAAAAAGGUGGCUACUUCCAGAAUAUGCUGAACUUUCUAAGGAAGAAAUUAAAAAAAUAUGGAUCUCUCCUGAUUUAAAGCGUAAUCAAAAUGAAGCUAAUGGAAGCAAUAUAAAGUUAAAAAAAUUUAAUAAUUAG